AUGUCGUUCCAGGUCGACAAUGUGACCUUGUCUCGCCGCGGUGAGCAGGUUGAUGGUACACUCCAUCUCACCCCUCACCACCUCAUCUUUUCGCACACGCCCCCAGUCUCCCCCGAAGACCAGAUCAAGGGCGUAACAACAAGGCCCAGAGAGCUCUGGAUUACAUACCCCAUUAUCGCAUUCUGUACGCUGCGACCGGCUCCCGCGGUCUCCCGCCAACUCUCCUCUAUCCGCCUCCGAUGCCGCGACUUCACAUUUGUCUGUUUCUACUUUGUAAAUGAGCACAAAGCACGUGAGGUAUUUGAAAGCAUCAAACAGUGGACAUGCAAGUCAAGCCGCAUCGACAAACUUUACGCUUUCAGCUACCAACCUCCUCCGCCGGAGAAGGAGUUUAACGGGUGGGAUCUGUAUGAUGCGCGCAAGGAAUGGGCGCGCCAAGGUGCUGUUAAUGACGGACAGUGGCGUCUGUCAGAGAUAAAUGCGAACUACGAGUUUUCCCCCACCUAUCCCGCUAUUAUUCCCGUGCCUUCUUCCAUCUCCGACAAUACACUUAAUUACGCAGGGCGCUAUCGAUCUCGAGCAAGAGUCCCUGCUCUGACGUACUUUCACCCUGUCAAUAACUGUACCAUCACCAGGAGUUCGCAGCCGCUGGUCGGUGUUCGCCAGAAUCGGAGCAUUCAAGAUGAAAAGCUUCUGUCUGCCAUUUUCUUGACAUCCCGGUCUGAACGGCCGUUGGCAAGUUUCUCACAGACUCCGGAGAAAGACACGAACUCAAACGAUGAAAGCCCAGAUACAAGCCAAGUGAUGGUUCCAGAGUUGAACGCCGAGGAAUUAGAAGAUGACUUGGUGGCCGCUGCCAGUGGUGAAUCUGAAGAGCCUCGCUCGAUAUAUGGCGCCCAACAAUCAAACAUGAUCGUGGAUGCGCGGCCUACGGUCAAUGCACUUGCCAUGCAGGCAGUUGGACUUGGAUCUGAGAACAUGGACAACUACAAAUUUGCUACCAAGGAGUAUCUUGGUAUUGACAAUAUUCACGUCAUGCGAGACUCAUUAAACAAAGUCAUCGAUGCUCUCAAGGAGUCGGAUGUGACGCCACUUGGGCCAAAUCGUGACCAGCUCGCGCGUAGUGGUUGGUUAAAGCACAUUGGCGGGAUCUUGAAUGGAGCCAAAAUAAUCGCCCGUCAAGUCGGCCUCACUCAUUCCCACGUCCUGAUCCACUGUUCUGAUGGAUGGGACCGCACAAGUCAGCUCAGCGCAUUGAGCCAGAUAUGCCUGGAUCCAUACUUCCGGACGCUGGAAGGCUUCAUGGUUCUUGUGGAAAAAGACUGGCUCUCGUUUGGACACAUGUUCCGCCAUCGAUCUGGUCAUUUGAACAGCGAGAAAUGGUUCCAGAUCGAGAAUGAACGUAUUGGCGGAGACCCCAACCGCAGUUUUGGUGACGGUGGGGGUGCUGGGAAAGCUCUUGAAAAUGCAUUCCUCAGUGCCAAGGGCUUUUUCAACCGGGAUAACAACAGCAAGGAUUCGUUGCCUGACUCCGAGGGAGAGAUGCAAAACUAUGACUCUGACACGCCGGUUAAAAAGCCCACUGUGCCGCGCUCCGGUCCUGAAAAAGAAACCACCAAACCAAAGGAGACGAGCCCUGUAUUCCACCAGUUCUUGGACGCAACGUACCAAUUGCUUCAUCAAUACCCGACUAGAUUUGAGUUUAAUGAGCGAUUCCUGCGACGACUUCUAUACCAUCUUUACUCAUGCCAAUUUGGCACGUUCUUGUUCAAUAAUGAAAAAGAGCGCGUUGAUUGCAAGGCUCGGGAACGAACCCGCAGCGUUUGGGACUAUUUUCUUGCUCGCCGGGAACAGUUUACCAACCCUCAGUAUGAACCGGUCAUCGAUGACCAUCAGCGGGGGAAGGAGCGACUGAUCUUCCCUCGAGUCAAUGAGACCCGAUGGUGGAAUGAAGCUUUUGGUCGAACAGAUGCAGAGAUGAACGGACCCCGUUCUUCUCCAACGCCUCCAGCUCCAAAUGAUAGUCUCGCGGAAAGGACUGCGGUGUCCAAUGGAAUUGAGACUGCAGCGCAGUCGACCAACGAAGUUAGUCAACUGGUACCCGAUGUCGCAUCCGCGGGUAUGACAGCUGUGACAUCGGGGAUCUCAAAAUUUGCAUUCCCAUCAGAACGUGAUGCAGGCAAAUCGAAAGAAGGUGCUAUCUCCAAGCGCAGAAAGUUCGUCGCCGACGGUGUCUUCUAUGCCGAGCUGAACGAGUUCUUCCAGCGCGAGCUGGCCGAGGAGGGCUACUCCGGUGUUGAGGUCCGCGUGACUCCUACCGUCACCGACAUCAUUGUCCGUGCCACCCACACCCAGGAGGUUCUCGGUGAGCAGGGUCGCCGCAUUCGCGAGCUCACUUCCCUCAUCCAGAAGCGCUUCAAGUUCCCCGAGAACUCCGUUUCUCUGUACGCCGCUAAGGUCCAGAACCGCGGUCUCUCCGCUGUCGCUCAGUGCGAGUCCCUCCGUUACAAGCUCCUGAACGGUCUUGCCGUCCGCCGUGCUUGCUACGGUGUCCUCCGUUUCAUUAUGGAGUCCGGUGCCAAGGGUUGCGAGGUUGUCGUUUCCGGAAAGCUGCGUGCCGCCCGUGCCAAGUCCAUGAAGUUCACUGACGGUUUCAUGAUCCACUCCGGUCAGCCCGCCAAGGAGUUCAUCGACUCCGCUACCCGCCACGUUCUCCUCCGCCAGGGUGUUCUCGGAAUCAAGGUUAAGAUCAUGCGCGGCUCCGACCCCGAGGGCAAGGCCGGCCCCCAGAAGACUCUCCCUGACUCCGUUACCAUCAUCGAGCCCAAGGAGGAGCAGCCCGUUCUCCAGCCCAUGAGCCAGGACUACGGUGCCAAGGCUGUUGCCGCCCAGCAGGCUGCUGAGCAGCAGCGUCUUGCUGAGCAGCAGGCCGCUGAAGCUGAGGGUGGUGCCGAGACUUUCGCUCAGGAGUAA